CGCAGUGAGGAGUGAGUAGAAGGAGGAGGGAGGAAGAAACGGCCCCCAGGAACACGCAGCAAAACUUCAGCCAGUUCCUUCGUGCCGGGCUUCAAGCGGGGAAAUGUCUUUGAUUGGGAAGCUGUUCGGUACCGGGGGCAAGGGAGCCAAAGGCCCCAGCCCCCAGGAGGCUAUCCAGAAACUGCGGGACACGGAGGAGAUGCUCACUAAGAAACAGGAGUUCCUGGAGAAGAAGAUCGAACAGGAACUCGUCACGGCCAAGAAGCACGGCACCAAGAACAAGAGGGCUGCCCUCCAAGCUCUGAAACGCAAGAAGCGAUAUGAGAAGCAGCUGGCACAGAUUGAUGGCACGCUGUCGACCAUCGAAUUCCAGAGGGAAGCCCUGGAAAAUGCCAACACGAAUACAGAAGUUCUCAAGAACAUGGGCUUUGCAGCUAAGGCAAUGAAAGCUGCUCACGAUAACAUGGAUAUCGAAAAAGUGGAUGAACUCAUGCAAGACAUUGCUGACCAACAGGAACUUGCUCAGGAAAUCUCGGAUGCCAUUUCCAAGCCAGUUGGUUUUGGAGAGGACUUUGACGAAGAUGAGCUGAUGGCGGAGCUGGAAGAGCUAGAACAGGAAGAAUUAGACAAAAAUCUACUGGAAGUCCAGGGUCCGGAGACUGUGCCUCUCCCAAAUGUGCCUGCAGCCGUUUUGCCAGCAAAACCAGUCAAGAAAAAGCAAGAGGAGGAUGACGAUGACAUGAGAGAAUUAGAAAACUGGGCCACCGCAUAGAUUUCCCAGCUGCUGCAUGAAGUUGCACAGACAAAGAGACACUAUGUACCUUGUUGGGAGUAGACAUGCACACAGUGUGUAGGGGAACGAUGGGGAUACAGGAACUGAACUUGAAAUGUCUCUCUCUCUAUAUUUGCCCAUGUUUUUCCUUUCUUUGCCCAAAUCCUAGCACGGGCUUUCUGAUAUGCAAACCUUGACUGCGGGAGGGAUGACCGAGUUUGACCGAAGAUUUUAAAGCAUUGAUAAGGUGUGGAAGAUGGAGUGUUUUGUACAACUAUCUGGCUGCUGCAAGCACUGAUCCAGCCACCCAGCAUCCAAGAACCCUUCCUGUAGCUGCUCGACCGCACCCGGUGGCAUUUGCAAUCCAUCUGCUCAUCACUUCCCGUGCCACUGCUUUGGUUGGUUCUUUUGUUUCUUAAUGGAAGGCCUUGUAUCUUCUGGAGUAUGACAUCUGGAAUUAUUACUGUGAAGACACCUCCGUUACACCUCUAGCUGCACCAGUAUCCUCAGAAUGGAACUCUGUAAAAGAUGCAAUAAAAAGAUCCAUAAUAAUGGCUACAAUAUUUAA